AUGCAUGUACCUAGUAACUCUGCCAGUGCCCCAGGGGAUGUUACUAUCGCCGAGCUGCGAUUGCAGCAGGCCAACGCACCCGGAAUAUCGGGUCUUUUCAAAAACAAAAAGGUUUUCUUGAUUGCCCUAUUUGCUUCCUUCGGGGGCCUUGAAUACGGGUAUCAACAAGGAGUCAUUUCGCAAGCCUUGGUGAUGAGUAGUUUCAAAGCAGAUUUUCCAGAUAUCGUUGGAUCUUCAGGCGCUACAGGGUGGUUGACUUCCAUUUUACAGCUUGGAGGCUGGUUUGGAGCCUUGUCUGCAGGUGUACUUGCCGAAGUGUUUACUCGGAAACACACUAUCCUGAGCGGUGCUCUCUGGGUCAUAUUGGGAUCUUUCCUCUCUGCUGGUGCACACAACGGAUCGUAUCUUUUUGCCGGGCGCUUUCUCACUGGGAUUGGAGUCGGCACGCUGAGUGCGGUGGGACCGCUUUACAAUGCCGAGCUCGCUCCUCCUGAAAUUCGAGGGCUAUUGGUAGCCCUUCAGCAGCUGUCUACUACCAUCGGAAUUAUGAUCGCCUACUGGAUUGGAUACGGAACGAACUAUAUCGGCGGCACGGGAGAUGGUCAAUCCGACUGGGCCUGGCGUACUCCCUUGAUCAUUCAAGGAAUCCCCGCCAUUAUUCUAGUCCUGGGAGCUGUCUUCUUUCUUCCUUUCUCGCCUCGAAUGCUGGUCAGCAAGGGCCGUGAAGAAGAAGCUCUCAAAACCCUGGCCUCCCUGCGUGGGCUUCCCGAAGAUGAUAUUAUUGUCCGCGGGGAGUUCUUGGAAAUCAAGUCGGAGGUGCUUUUUGAACAGCGAGUAUUCGCAAAGACGCUUCCUCACCUUGCAGAGCCUGGCCACAGUUUGUGGCGUCGCGAGCUCGCACAGUAUACGAAUAUUUUCCGCACCAAGGACAAUUUUAAACGUGUGGCAAUUGCUGGUCUUAUCAUGUUCUUCCAACAAUGGAGUGGAGUGGACUCUAUCAUUUACUACGCUUCGUCGAUUUUCCAGAGCCUUGGUUUGACUUCUGGUACUAUAUCCCUUCUUGCGACUGGGGUCGUCGGUAUUAUCAAUGUGCUGGCAACUAUACCUGCCGCUAUGAUCAUUGAUAAGGUGGGAAGGAAGCCACUCCUUUUGGCUGGGUCUACUGGAAUGUUCUGCUCUAUGAUAAUCGUUGCCGUAAUUGUCGCCAAGUGUCAGCAUGACUGGGAGCAGCAUACUGCCGCUGGGUGGGCUGCGGUGGCUUUCAUCUGGAUAUAUAUUGCAAAUUUUGGAUACUCAUGGGGCCCUGCAAGCUGGGUUUUGAUUGCCGAGAUAUUCCCCCUGUCGAUUCGCGCAAAGGGUACUUCAAUUGGUGCAUCUUCUAACUGGAUGAACAACUUCAUCGUUGCUUUGAUUGUACCACCAAUGAUUGCUGGGAUCGGCUGGGGAAUGUACCUGUUCUUUGCAGUCUGGCUUCUUAUUGGCGCAAUUUUCAUUUGGCUUUUCGUCCCCGAGACCAAAAAUAAGACCCUUGAGGAGAUGGAUUUGGUAUUCGGCAGCGUGGCAGCCUCUGACGAUCAAGAUAUGUUUUCUGCGGUAAAGGAGGAGGUCGGGCUGACAGCUCUCCUGAAAGAAGGUGAAAGUACAGGCCUGUCUGGAGACAACUAUGAGAAGGGUGUCUCGACUGGGCACUUGGAGACUGCGUAA